UCAGAAACCUCUGGACGGACGUGACGGGGAGAUGGGGAAACAGGGCUGGCAGGGGAUGCAAGGCAACACCGGAGCAGUCGGUGACACGGGGGACGAGAAGGGUGACACGGGAUAUCGCGGGGAUAUGGGUGAUACAGGAGAAAAGGGAUAUAAGGGAGAAAUGGGAAUUAAAGGCUACAAAGGCUGCCUAGGAGAAAAGGGGUUUGCAGGGACGGACGAC